AUGGAGCCGCUGUACCAGCAAACGCACAAGCAUGUCCAUGAAAUCCAGUCUCACAUGGGACGCCUGGAGACGGCAGACAAGCAGUCUCUGCACUUAGUAGAAAAUGAAAUCCAAGCAAGCAUAGACCAGAUAUUCAGCCAACUAGAGCGUCUGGAGAUUUUGUCCAGCAAGGAGCCCCCCCACAAAAGACAGAAUGCCAAACUCCGUGUCGACCAGUUAAAGUACGACGUCCAGCACCUGCAGACUGCUCUUCAAAACUUCCAGCACCGGCGGUAUGCACGCGAGCAGCAGGAGAGACAGCGAGAGGAGCUUCUGUCUCGCACCUUCACCACGAACGACUCUGACACCACCAUACCAAUGGAUGAAUCACUGCAGUUUAACUCCUCCCUCCAGAAAAUUCACCACGGCAUGGAUGACCUCAUUGGAGGCGGGCACAAUAUUCUGGCGGGACUGAGGGCCCAGAGACUGACUUUGAAGGGGACCCAGAAGAAGAUCCUUGACAUCGCCACCAUGCUCGGCCUGUCCAACACGGUGAUGCGGCUCAUCGAGAAGCGGGCCUUCCAGGACAAGUACUUCAUGAUCGCUGGGAUGCUGCUCACCUGUGUGGUCAUGUUCCUCGUGGUGCAGUACCUGACCUGA